AUGAAAAUUCAUAUGGUAGUCUUGUAUCUCUACCUUCUGAUUAUCGGUGCCAAUGGAGAAGCGAAGAAGAAAUCGGGUGGAAGGUUGACGCCGGAGGAGAAUAAGCAGAGGUUGGAGACUUGUGGAACGACAGCAAUUGACACUCCAUCCCGAGAUAACAAGGCUAUGGAGCUCGAAAAGUGGCCCAAUUGGGUGUCAUUUGCUGUGACUGCUGAUCAAAGAGGUGCUGGUGCCGCCUUGACGACUAUGAUAUCUCCCAGGCACUUUUUGACGUCUUCUCAAGUGGUUAUGGAUGAUAGUAGUUAUACGUGGCGAUAUAAUUCUAAAAGAGUCGGUAAUUGCCGUCAGAUGCCUCAAGGAAAGCUAGAAGUGCCCAAAGAGGCUCUCGAAAAACUACUGUUUUUUAAGAGCGGGUGUUUACCAAACUGCAAUAGACAGUCCCUUAUCCCUGUAACUCGAGCGGUGAUUCUGAAGUACUGUCAUAUUGAACCCGAGAUGUGGUGGUGGAGUCAAGCGGUGAUGGUUAUAGAGAUAGCAGAGGAUAUUGGUGUUGACGGUGGUUUUCCUUGUUUAGCUUAUGGCACCCAACAAAACGGUACACAGCUCGAUGUGUAUUCACAUCUCUGGAAAGGGCGGAACAAUCAAAGUAUAUUCCAUAGGAAACUGGAGUUGCUAAACACGGACGGGAUGUCUUACAAAUUCCUGCGCUACAAUGAAGACGGGGAACGCGGGAGUCCGGUGAUGAAGCAGGAUCAAAAUGGCAAAUGGAAUCUUGUCGGUCUUGGUGCUCAACAGAUCUCUGACAGUGAGACGGGCGUUUUGCGGAUGUCUUGGAUAGGAUGGCAGCUAUGUCGUGAGGUUGGCGUAUGUCGGGACACCCCGCCUCCACCACCCCCGCCAAAGCCGACGGACCCACCCAAAGUUGAGACCACCACCACGCCAACAACAACCAUGAAGGCUGAGCCAAAGAAGACAGAAAAACCAGAGCCACCACCUGUCAAGGAAGUGCCCAUCACAGUCAGACCCAUCACCCCUGCUACAAAGCCAAAGCCUACUGUAGCCGCUGGAAAACUGACGAAGAAGGAGAAUCUGCGCCGAUUGCUGACUUGUGGAAAGACACCGAUUGAAACCCCAUCCGGCAAUAACAUUUCUGUGGAGAUCACAAAGCGGGCUGACUGGGCGUGGGGGGCCAGAACUAAAGGUCAAAACGAUACUGGAACCGCCUUGACCACCAUGAUAUCUACCAGACACUUUUUGACGUCUUCUCAAGUGGUUAUAACUGACGAAAAGAAAUGGGUGUGGAAUUCUCAAAAAGUCGAAAAAUGUGAUGGUCCUGGGCAAGUACAUCUAGAGGUACCAAAAGACGCUCUUGGCAAAUUACAAUUUAGAGGAAAUUUGCUAUCUCGAGCAGUGAUUCUGGAUUACUGUAAAAUGGAUGAGAAAAUGUGGAAUAUGGCGCAAGGAGUGAUGAUUGUGGAGCUAGCGAAAGAUGUUGAGGAUGGUUUCCCCUGUCUCGCAGAUACUUCAACAGAUGGUGUUUACACGAAAGGAAAAGAGCUCGAUGUGUAUACAAUGUUUAUCAAAUCCGACAAAUUACUGCGCCAUAGAAAACUUACGUUAGGAGGUAACCAUGCGAAUUUUCUCGUAUUCGAUCGAUAUCAUGAAGAUGGAGAUCGUGGUGGCCAGAUUAUGGAUAAUGUGAAUGGAAGAUGGACGUUGGUUGGUCUUGGUGCAGGAGGAGCGUCUAAAAAAUCGGCUGCUUUUCGGAUAAGUUCUCUCCAGGAGCAGUUGUGUGAGGUGGUUGGUGUAUGUCAUUCGGAGCCCAUUCCCGUGCCGAGACCUACAAUCGCUGCGACAACUUCCAAGACCCCAGAAGCCCCACCUCCUCUUCCGACACCUCCUCCGGAGCAAUCUCCAGAAGCCCCGCCCCCUCCUGUUGCUCCGCCAGCUAGAAGACGAGAAGACGAGGAGACGGAUGAAGACUAUGAGAUGUUUUUAAAGAGAAAGAAGGAGAAGGAAGAGGCGGAGAUGUAUGAGAAUGAGGAUACGGAUAUAUUGAUUAGUAAGGAUGAUAUCAAUGGAAAUGAUCGAUGUGGUGGUGGUGGAUUUGAAAAAUGGAUUAUAGUUUUGUGUCUUUUUGUGUUUUUUGUUUGA